CUUUUUUUCCCGGAUGUAGCAUCACAUGAAUUGACUGUCAACAUGCAAGAUGGCCACGCAUCACAGGCAAAAUGCUGCUGGGCGGAGAAAAGUACAGGUGUCCUAUGUCAUUAGAGAUGAGGUGGAGAAGUACAACCGGAAUGGGGUGAAUGCACUCCAGCUAGACCCCGCUCUAAACCGGCUCUUCACUGCUGGAAGAGACUCUAUCAUCCGGAUAUGGAGUGUCUACCAGCAUAAGCAGGAUCCAUAUAUUGCCUCAAUGGAGCAUCACACAGACUGGGUUAAUGACAUAGUUCUCUGUUGCAAUGGCAAAACAUUGAUAUCUGCCUCAUCAGAUACAACAGUAAAAGUAUGGAACGCGCACAAAGGCUUUUGUAUGUCCACGUUACGAACACACAAGGACUAUGUGAAAGCUCUGGCCUACGCUAAGGACAAGGAGCUUGUGGCAUCAGCAGGCCUCGACCGGCAGAUCUUCCUUUGGGAUGUGAACACACUAACAGCACUCACUGCUUCCAACAACACUGUCACCACCUCGUCACUGAGUGGGAACAAGGACUCUAUCUACAGUCUGGCUAUGAACCAGAUGGGCACGGUCAUUGUAUCCGGAUCCACUGAAAAGGUUCUGAGAGUGUGGGAUCCCCGUACAUGUGCAAAACUGAUGAAGCUUAAGGGACACACAGACAACGUGAAGUCGUUGUUGCUGAACAGAGACGGCACUCAAUGUCUGUCGGGCAGCUCAGACGGGACCAUCCGCCUGUGGUCCCUGGGUCAGCAGAGGUGCAUCGCCACCUACAGGGUCCACGAUGAGGGGGUAUGGGCCCUGCAGGUCAACGAGGCCUUCACACACGUGUACUCUGGAGGCCGAGACAAGAAGAUCUACUGCACCGACCUGCGUAACCCCGACAUCCGCGUGCUCAUCUGUGAGGAGAAGGCCCCGGUGCUCAAAAUGGAACUGGACAGAUCUGCUGACCCUCCUCCUGCAAUCUGGGUCUCCACCACCAAGUCAUCCGUUAAUAAAUGGUCUCUAAAGGGAAUGCACAACUUCCGAUCAUCAGGGGAGUACGACAACGACUGCACCAACCCUCUGACGCCUCUGUGCACUCAGCCAGAACAAGUCAUCAAGGGAGGAGCCAGUAUCAUACAGUGCCACAUUCUGAACGAUAAGAGACAUAUACUCACCAAAGAUACCAACAACAAUGUGGCUUUCUGGGACGUCCUGAAGGUAAACUCCAUGAUUUUAUUUCUAAGUAUGUUAGAGCUUUAAGAGGCCCUGUUAUAU